UGUACAGAGUCUAUCUGUAUAACAAGACUCGCGGAAAAGCUAUGCAAGAAUUUCGAGAAAGAAUCCAACCGACAAUGGCGGGACCCACAUGGGACCCACACGAAGACUUCUGCACAAAACAACAACAGUUUUUGACAGCAAUUGUCGGCACCACUCAAGACUCAACAUGUAUUAAAUCAAGUGUCGGCACCACUAGAAGACGACACGUUGCAAGACUUUAUUCAAGCACUCUUUGCCUAUAAAUACUUAAUUAUGUUCAAGGAAGAGGGCACGAGCAAAUUUCACUCUCAAAAAACCUUCACUCUCUAAAAGCUCUCCCUUCUCUCUGAAAUUUCCUGUGUUUUCUAAGUUUUAAGUUUGUAAUCAAAGAUUGUAUCACAACUCAAGAUAAAUAAAAGUGUUCCAGGCAGCAAGUCCAGAGAAGGCAGUAAGACCGUUGGUAAACCUCAGUUGUGUCCAAUUAGAAUCGGGAAAAUCCACAGAUAAUCAACAACAACAAGAUAUUCAAAAUGAGUGACCAGAAGAUGAAAAAGCCGAUGACAGCCUCAGAUUAUAUCAAAAACCAACCACAUCUCCAAGGAAGGACUUUAACUCCAAACCCUUACUCAGCAUUAGCUGAAUAUCCUCCUCUAUCUUAUUCAAAAGCAGUCUCUGAAAAGUCAUCAAAGAUGGAAGCACAAUCAUCUACAGCAACCCCAAACACAACCUCAAACACUACUCCAAACACUAAACCAGUCUACUACACCAAACCUUAUAAGCAACACCUUAUGACGACCCCAUACACUAAACCAGUAAACCUUACCCAACUCAAAACCUUCAUCAAUCGAGUCUUCUACGAGGACAGUCCCUGGCCAACAGAUAACAUAACCAAAAACCAAUCCUUUUAUGAGUAUAUUCUAGUAGACUCUAAGUCUAUAGAAAUCACCCAUUACAAAGACAAGACGAACCCAAACCUCAUCAACUAUUCAACCUGCAAAUUCCUACGAAUUUGUUCUACCCAAGACCUUGGUUUUAUACAUCAUCAUACAACAAAACCUUUUUCUACCCCAGGCUAUCAUAUCGACGGCUACACCUAUACCGAUUACAAAAAUGCCUUUUUCCGAGCCUUUUUACUCAGACCCUAUGACCACUCUUGGUUCUUCAGUUUUGAUCAAAACUGCACAAAGACGAUACCAGGAUGGUUCAACGAAUGGUGGUAUUGGUACGGACCAGCAGAUCCGAUCUACCCCGACCAAGUACUCAAGACCUCCUACCCAUUCUACAAGAAACACGUAUUUGAUCAACCAGUUGGGCCUCUAAACAAAAUUUGGUUUCAUAUUGACAUGGGCAUCCCAUGGAUAUGUUCAUGGCAUUUUACCCUUGCUAUCGCUCUCCAAGACAUGCCUUAUUCUCUCCUCCGGGAAUUCAGAGUCAAAUGGUGGGAAAAAUAUAACCUUGACAGAUGUUCCCUUGCAGGUAUCCAAAAAUAUUUCCAAAUUACAAAUCAAGCCAAAACAGCAAUCCAAACUAUAUCCAAAUCUAUACCUCUUCUCAACCCAACCCAAAUAUCCCAAACAAAUCCAAGUCCACAAAAAAGACCAACAUCAAGUCCAACAAGUUCAACAACCUCUUCCUCUUCCCAGAAAUCAUCAAGAAAGGAAAAAAUGAAGAAACUUAUCGCCGAAAUGCUGACGCAAUUUGAGGCGGAACAUGAUGAUACAGACGAUGACAACCAACAAGUUGACAUUAUGCAACCUGAAGAUCCUUACGGCGGCCCGUUAGGCCAAGAUCCGUAUGAUAUAUAUAACGAUUCCUUAUUAAUUUGUUUUAAUUAUUGUAACGUUAUUACUAUUUUGAUAUACAAAAUUUUGGAAUUUGAUAUUUAUAAGAAUUUGAGCGUUGUACACAGAAUAUGAUUAAAACUUACUUUUAUUUAUCUUGAGUUGUGAUACAAUCUUUGAUUACAAACUUAAAACUUAGAAAACACAGGAAAUUUCAGAGAGAAGGGAGAGCUUUUAGAGAGUGAAGGUUUUUUGAGAGUGAAAUUUGCUCGUGCCCUCUUCCUUGAACAUAAUUAAGUAUUUAUAGGCAAAGAGUGCUUGAAUAAAGUCUUGCAACGUGUCGUCUUCUAGUGGUGCCGACACUUGAUUUAAUACGUGUUGAGUCUUGAGUGGUGCCGACAAUUGCUGUCAAAAACUGUUGUUGUUUUGUGCAGAAGUCUUCGUGUGGGUCCCAUGUGGGUCCCGCCAUUGUCGGUUGGAUUCUUUCUCGAAAUUCUUGCAUAGCUUUUCCGCGAGUCUUGUUAUACAGAUAUACUCUGUAUAUUAUUUUGUAGAUAGUAGUAAUAAAAUACAGAGAAGAAAAUACAGAAAUAAUGUACAGAGUCUACUAGAAUAUACUUAAAACCGAAAUUGUAAAUAUAGACAUACUUUUAGGUUUUUUUUUUUUUUUUUUUUUUUUUGAUAUAUGAUAUAUAUACAGCACCAGUUUAAUAUAACGAUUCCUUAUUAAUUUGUUUUAAUUAUUGUAACGUUAUUACUAUUUUGAUAUACAUGUUCUGGAUUAAUAUGCGGUAAAUGAUCUCUUGAUAUUUCUUGAUUAAACGUUGUUAUUUUUGACAUAAUUUCUCUUGAGUUAAUUGUUGAAUUUGAAGAGGUUGAUGCAUUUUUUGAUUUAAAAAGUUUUCUAAACGAAGACGCCAUGAUUUAAUCUAUAUUUAAACUCAUUACAGAAGAGAUACUAACCGAUUCUAAUUGGACACAACUGAGGUUUACCAACGGUCUUACUGCCUUCUCUGGACUUGCUGCCUGGAACACCUACAGUAACAGUGUUUCUUUAGAUGGUGAGGAUCUUAUCUUGACAAGUUUAAAUUAGAUUCAUACACAGAAAUCUUGUUUCUAAAACCCUUUAAACAAAUUGCAUCGUUUGAAUAAUCGUUUGGCUCUGAUACCAGUUUAAUAUAACGAUUCCUUAUUAAUUUGUUUUAAUUAUUGUAACGUUAUUACUAUUUUGAUAUACAAAAUUUUGGAAUUUGAUAUUUAUAAGAAUUUGAGCGUUGUACACAGAAUAUGAUUAAAACUUACUUUUAUUUAUCUUGAGUUGUGAUACAAUCUUUGAUUACAAACUUAAAACUUAGAAAACACAGGAAAUUUCAGAGAGAAGGGAGAGCUUUUAGAGAGUGAAGGUUUUUUGAGAGUGAAAUUUGCUCGUGCCCUCUUCCUUGAACAUAAUUAAGUAUUUAUAGGCAAAGAGUGCUUGAAUAAAGUCUUGCAACGUGUCGUCUUCUAGUGGUGCCGACACUUGAUUUAAUACGUGUUGAGUCUUGAGUGGUGCCGACAAUUGCUGUCAAAAACUGUUGUUGUUUUGUGCAGAAGUCUUCGUGUGGGUCCCAUGUGGGUCCCGCCAUUGUCGGUUGGAUUCUUUCUCGAAAUUCUUGCAUAGCUUUUCCGCGAGUCUUGUUAUACAGAUAUACUCUGUAUAUUAUUUUGUAGAUAGUAGUAAUAAAAUACAGAGAAGAAAAUACAGAAAUAAUGUACAGAGUCUACUAGAAUAUACUUAAAACCGAAAUUGUAAAUAUAGACAUACUUUUAGGUUUUCUUUUUUUUUUUUUUUUUUUUUUUAAUCGAAAAUAUAUAUAUAUAUAUAUAUAUAUUAUUUUUUUUUUUUUUUUUUUUUUAUAUAUCAUACGGAUCUUGGCCUAACGGGCCGCCGUAAGGAUCUUCAGGUUGCAUAAUGUCAACUUGUUGGUUGUCAUCGUCUGUAUCAUCAUGUUCCGCCUCAAAUUGCGUCAGCAUUUCGGCGAUAAGUUUCUUCAUUUUUUCCUUUCUUGAUGAUUUCUGGGAAGAGGAAGAGGUUGUUGAACUUGUUGGACUUGAUGUUGGUCUUUUUUGUGGACUUGGAUUUGUUUGGGAUAUUUGGGUUGGGUUGAGAAGAGGUAUAGAUUUGGAUAUAGUUUGGAUUGCUGUUUUGGCUUGAUUUGUAAUUUGGAAAUAUUUUUGGAUACCUGCAAGGGAACAUCUGUCAAGGUUAUAUUUUUCCCACCAUUUGACUCUGAAUUCCCGGAGGAGAGAAUAAGGCAUGUCUUGGAGAGCGAUAGCAAGGGUAAAAUGCCAUGAACAUAUCCAUGGGAUGCCCAUGUCAAUAUGAAACCAAAUUUUGUUUAGAGGCCCAACUGGUUGAUCAAAUACGUGUUUCUUGUAGAAUGGGUAGGAGGUCUUGAGUACUUGGUCGGGGUAGAUCGGAUCUGCUGGUCCGUACCAAUACCACCAUUCGUUGAACCAUCCUGGUAUCGUCUUUGUGCAGUUUUGAUCAAAACUGAAGAACCAAGAGUGGUCAUAGGGUCUGAGUAAAAAGGCUCGGAAAAAGGCAUUUUUGUAAUCGGUAUAGGUGUAGCCGUCGAUAUGAUAGCCUGGGGUAGAAAAAGGUUUUGUUGUAUGAUGAUGUAUAAAACCAAGGUCUUGGGUAGAACAAAUUCGUAGGAAUUUGCAGGUUGAAUAGUUGAUGAGGUUUGGGUUCGUCUUGUCUUUGUAAUGGGUGAUUUCUAUAGACUUAGAGUCUACUAGAAUAUACUCAUAAAAGGAUUGGUUUUUGGUUAUGUUAUCUGUUGGCCAGGGACUGUCCUCGUAGAAGACUCGAUUGAUGAAGGUUUUGAGUUGGGUAAGGUUUACUGGUUUAGUGUAUGGGGUCGUCAUAAGGUGUUGCUUAUAAGGUUUGGUGUAGUAGACUGGUUUAGUGUUUGGAGUAGUGUUUGAGGUUGUGUUUGGGGUUGCUGUAGAUGAUUGUGCUUCCAUCUUUGAUGACUUUUCAGAGACUGCUUUUGAAUAAGAUAGAGGAGGAUAUUCAGCUAAUGCUGAGUAAGGGUUUGGAGUUAAAGUCCUUCCUUGGAGAUGUGGUUGGUUUUUGAUAUAAUCUGAGGCUGUCAUCGGCUUUUUCAUCUUCUGGUCACUCAUUUUGAAUAUCUUGUUGUUGUUGAUUAUCUGUGGAUUUUCCCUGCAAAUAUUCUCUUGUUAGAAAGUCGGGUAAAGAAUUUUUUUCUCCUUUAAUAUAUUGAAUAUCGAAAUCGAAAACGGAUAAUAUUGCUUGCCAUCUAGCAAAUAUUUGUUUUGAUACUAGGUUUUUGACAUCUUUUUGUAAUAUUUCUUUUGCUGAUUUGCAAUCUACUCUUAGUAAAAACUUUUUGUUGAUUAAGUCAUCUUGGAAUUUUGAGAUACAAUUAACAAUUGAGAGAACUUCUUUCUUUACUGUUGAAUAAUGCUUUUGUGGUCCUAACCAGACUCCUGAAUGGAAUCGAACUAUAGAUUCUUGUUUUGAUUGUGGUAAUUUUUGCUUAAGAAUUCCUCCAUAACCUAUUUCUGAAGCAUCAGUUUCAACUAUCAUGUCAGCUUCAGGAUUUGGUAUGGAAAGGCAUGGAAGAGUUUUAACCUUUUGCUUAACUUGUUUGACUAAAAGGGUAUGUUGAUUAGUCCAUGGUUUUGGAUUCUUUUGUAACCGUUGAAAUAAUGGUUGAAUUGUUUUCCUAAGAUUGGGUAAGAAGUCUGAAACAUAGUUUAGACAUCCUAAAAAUCUUUGUAAUUGGGUUUUUUCUCUUAACUCGUCAGGAAAUUUAUCUGCGAAUUCAAUUGAUCUUGAAAUAGGUGUGAUUGUUCCUUGAUAUAUAUUAUGUCCUAAAAAUCUUAUUUUUGUUUGGAAUAAAGAAAUUUUCUUGGCUGAUAUAACUAAUCCAUGUUUUUUUACUAUACUGAGGAAUGUGUUUAAGUGACUAAUGUGUUGGUCUAUUGUAGUGGAGUAUACUAACACGUCAUCUAUGUAGACAAUUGUAAAUUUUGAAUAAUUAUUGAAUAUAUCAUUCAUUAUAUGUUGAAAUUCAGAAGGUGCGUUUUUAAGACCAAAAGGCAUUACAUUCCAUUCAUAAUGUCCGAAUGGUACGGUAAAUGCUGUUUUAUAUUUAUCUUUUUCGGCAAUUUGUAUUUGCCAAAAGCCACUUUUCAUGUCAAAUUUUGAAUAAAUUUUUGCAUUAUAAAGUCGUUUUAAUAAAUCUCUUUUGUUAGGUAUUGGAUAUCGUAUCCAUUGUAAUACAUCAUUUAAUGGUUUAUAAUUUAUUACUAAUCUUGGUAUCCCACGUUCUUUUUCAGCUUGAUUAUUUACAUAAAAGGCCGAACAGCUCCAGGGAGAUUUGGAUGACCUGAUUAAUUUUUUGUCUAAUAAAUCAUUUAUUUCCUUUUUACAGUGUUCUAAUAACUCCUUAUUCAUUUGAAUAGGUCUUGCUUUAGUUGGUAUAUUUCUUUCGUUAAACUCUUUUAUAUAUGGGAGUUCAACUGUAUGUUGUUUUCUUUCCCAGAAAGCGUUUGGCAAUUCUGAACAGAUUUGGUUUAAUAUAUCGUUUUCAAUAGCUUUUAUCUUGCUUAUUAUGUAAGGCAUCUUAAGUUGUUCUUCUAUUUUUUUGUAUGCUAUUUCAUUUUGUAGAUAUUGUAUAUGAUUUUGUUUCCCUUUUAUUAAAUUAAUUGUUUUUUGAAUAGAAUUUUGUUGUAAGCUUAGUAUUUCUUUGGUUUUCAUAGGAGAUAAGAAUUCAAAUGAUAAUUUUGUUCCUACUACUUUUGUGGUUACUCCUAUUUCUGUUACUUUGAAUGGAUAUAUUUGAGUAAAAAAUGGAGUUCCUAAUAUUAUUUCUUGUGUUAAGUUUUUUACUAGAAUAAAUUGAUUUUUGAAGCAAUAUCCUUGGUUACAUAUUUUUGCACAUGAUAGUUUAUAUUGUACCUUUAAAUUACUUCCGUUUGCUCCACUUAAUUUUUCAGUUGUUUUUUCAUAAUAUUUAGUUGGUAUAAUUCCUUCGCGAAUACAGUUGUAAUCAGCACCUGUAUCCAUUAAUGCUAUUAUGUUUAUUUUGAAAUCAUGUCCCACAUGUAAGGUAAUAUUUGUAUACCAUUUUUGAUAAUUGAUUUUAUUAAUUAUUUGAAUAUAGUCUUCGGUAGGUUCGAUUUGCUUAUUUUCGUCAUUUUCUAGAUUUGUAUUACUUGUAGAUGCUUGAUUUAAACUAGUUGUAGAUGUUGGAGUAUUUUUUGCUUCUAUUAAUGAUAAUUUAGCAUCCGUUUGCAAUUGUUUUAAUUCGUGUUGAUUUACUAUUAAUUGUAAUUCUUUAAUUUGCGUUUUUAAUUGCUUAACUUCAUUUUGUAGUUCUCCCGUAGUUACUUGCUUAAAUAAACUUUGUGUAGGAUAUUUGUCAAAUAUUUUAUUUAAACUAAAGGGUUGAGGGCAAGAUAAUUGGUUUUCUUGAUAUAUUAUAUCUUUUAGUUUAGUUAAAUAUUCUUUCUUAAUUUUUGGAUCGUCAAUUUUAUCAAUUAUGUCUAGUAGAAAUUGUUUAUCAAUAUCUUUUGUUAUAACGUUAAUAAUUUUACAAUUGCAUAGAUUAUCAGACAAUUCUUGUGAUUCUAUUGAAGUAUCACUAAUAUUUCCUAUCUCAUCUAUAGAGUUAUCACAACUUGAUUCUUCUGAUAUUUCUGAUUCUGAUAUUAAUAGUUUAGUUAAUUUUUCUUGUAUAUCUGGUUGAUUUUGAAAUAUUUCAUUUAUCUUCUUUUUCAUUUUACAUUCCGUGGAUUUAUGUCCAGGUCUUUUACAAUUCCAACAUACUAUUUUCUGCUUAUUAUUUGAUUUGUGCUUAUUAUUCUUUGUAUAGUAUUGAUUUGUUAAUUUUUUAUUAAAUUUAUUAUUUUUAUGAAAAUAAUUAGUUUUAUUAUGCCUAUGCUUUAGUCGUUUAAUUCUUGAUGGAGGAUUAAGUUGAUUAUAGCCAUACUGAUCACAGAAUGAUCCCAUAGUUAUUUUAAACUUAAAUUUAUCAUUUCGUUUUUUAUCUUUAUGUUCUUGACAUAUAGCUAAUCCUUCUUUCUUUAUAAAUGCGAAUAAUUGUCCGUAAGUAAUCGUAUUCCAAGGGAUUGGUUGUCCUCCUGAAUACUCUUUUAAUUUACCAAUUACUCUUUCUGCAAAGAAAGAUGGUAAUCCUGAGAUAAACCGUUCUUUCCAAAAUGCUUGAUUACAAUCGUUUCUUUGGAAUAUGUUUGUUAUAAAAACAUCCUUGUACCAUUUAAAAUCUCCUAAUGUUGGACACCUUAAAUUUGUUAAUAUAAUUUUUUUACUUUCUAAUUCUUCUUUAGGAUUUCCAAUAAAAUGCAUUGUUAAAGUAUGUAUUAAUACUUCUACUGCGUUUUGCACCUCUAUAUCAUUCAUAAAUCCCUCUUCAUCUUCUUGUUGUUUUAUUUCAACAUGAUUAAUUAUAGAUUCUUGUGUAAUUGCGUCUAAUGAGUUAUCCCACCAAUAUCUUAAUGCUCCAGUAAAUCCAGAUACUAACAAAAUGCAUGAUUGUUGAUCAUUAUUUCCUCUACCUUUGUAAGCCAUUGUAGCCAUUACCAUUUCUUGAAAUAAAUUUAGCAUUUCAUAUUCUGAUCGUCCAUCUAUAUUCCAUUCGUAUAUACUUUCUCCAGAGUAUUCUUUACUAGUAUAUUUGUGAUGUUCUUCAAAUAAUAAAUCAGGUGGAGUAUGCCUAGGAUAAUAUGGUUUUCUUGAUUUAUUUUUUAUUCGAUUUAUUUCUUGUAUAUCGUUUUCUGAUUGUGAGGAGGUUUGGAUAGAUUCAUUGUUAUCUUCAUCUAUAGUGUUUAUUCCUUUUCCUUUAUCUAACCUGUCUAAUCUGGUCGAAAUUGAUUUUAAAAUUUCAUUUUCAGGAAAUUUGAUUUGUCUUGUUGUUGGUUUAAAGAUUGGGUAGGUCGUUGAUGAGAAAGGGUGUUGAGUGUGUUGGUCCACUUUUUCUUUUUCAUUAAUAUUUAUUUUAUUAUCAAUGCUGUCUAUCUGUUUAGAAAUUGUAUGUAGUAUUUGACUUUGAUAAUUGUUCUGUUGAUAUAUAGAUUUAAUAUCUUGCAUUAACACUGGUUCUUUAUCAUCUUUGUUAGCUCCAGUUUUAAAGGGUGUAGCUAGAAUUUGUCGGUUUAAAGUAUUUAUCUUUAAAUCAUUUAAAGGUGGAUGAAUUGCUUUAAUUUUAUUUCCAUCCACUUGUUCCCAUACUUGGCUUAAUGAUAUACUCGCAUUAAUCGUCUUGAAUGGAUAAUUGAUAUUAUGAGCUAUUGAAUAAAUUUCAAACCAUACGAAAAAUGGAAUAUUCAUUUCUUUUAGUAUCAUACAAUCAUACCAUUUUUCUCUGUACUCAUUGGUUUGUUGUUUAGAGAAAGUUUUAAAAUACCAACUUCGUUUUUCUUCAUUUUCUUUUGAAUAAAAGUCUUCUCUUAUAUAUUGUUUAUCAAUUUCGUAUUUUUUAGUUAUAACAUUUAUUGAUCUAAAAUCUGAUGGAGUAGGUGAUGUUGGAUAUGCAUCUUGAUCUGGUUCUGCUAUUGGUGCUUUAAAUCUUAUCGGUUCAUCUUGUUUAGAGUUUUGAUUUACACUUUCCGUUUCUGAAUUUGUACUGGAUUGACCCGUACGAUAUUCAGAAAAAGAGGCUCUUGAAUGAUACGAACUUAUUCUAGGUGGAAGUGGAUCCCUAUAAGAUCCAAACCUUAAUAAUAUUUUUCCAUCUUUCUGCUCAAUUAUUUUAGAUAUAUUCUUUUGCUCAAAAUUUCUAGGCGGUUGAGUAAUUUCAAUUUUCCAUUGAUCUGGAAUAGUUAUUUCAUCCCAUUUUAAUUGCUUUGGUGUGUAUGUAGCUGUUGGUGUAUCUUUACUAUGGACUGCUAGAAUUGUUGUUUCUCCUUUAUCAUCUUGUAAUAGACAUCUUGGGUUAAACUCAGAAGUUGAUUGCUUAAAAUAAACUCGAUAAAGUAGAAGAUAUC